GUGUCGUCUAGGGGGCUCCUGCUAUGUAUAACUGGCAACUGGUAUUAACAUGCACAUAUUCUUGCCUUUGUAAAAUGUUCUUCAAUCUAUUUAGUUUUCUUACUUUUCUUCUUUCUUCCGCGUAAAUUUCGGUGCAGCGACAAGUGGUAUGGCUGAGUUGAUUUUAGAUCCAAACAUUCGAGGAUGGGUGUUCUUACCUAUCGUUGUGAUUACGUUUCUCGUAGGCAUUAUUCGACAUUAUGUUUCGAUAUUACUUGCCUCACAGAAAAAGGUUGAGCUUCAUCAAGUACAAGACAGUCAAGUGAUGAUACGCUCUAGGCUGUUAAGAGAAAAUGGUCAAUAUAUUCCAAAAAUGGCAUUUAUUAGCAGAAGGCAUUUCUUUAAUAAUGAAGAGACAGGGUAUUUUAAAACACAAAAACGUGCCCCAGUAUCGCAGAACCCAAUGACAGAUCCUAAUAUGAUGACAGAUAUGUUAAAGGGAAAUGUAACUAAUGUUUUACCAAUGGUAUUAAUAGGUGGCUGGAUUAACUGGAUGUUUUCUGGCUUUGUAACAACUAAAGUACCAUUUCCUUUGACAUUACGUUUCAAACCAAUGUUGCAACGUGGUAUAGAAUUAGCUACACUUGAUGCUGCAUGGGUUUCAUCUGCAUCUUGGUAUUUCCUUAAUGUGUUUGGAUUACGUUCCAUUUAUACACUUGUCCUUGGAGAAAGCAAUGCUGCUGAUACCUCCAGACUUUUACAGGAUCAAGUAUCAGGUGCUGCAAUGUCUAUGCCACCAGAUCCAAAAGCUGCUUUCAAAUCAGAAUGGGAAGCAUUGGAAAUAUAUGAACAUAAUUGGGCGCUGCAAGGAGUUGAAGCAGAUCUUAUAGGAUCCCAAAGAAUAGAUACAAGUGAAGGUAGCAAAUAAUAAAUAUUACAUCUAUAUCCAUAGAUAUAGCAUGUGCCAUUUUUGGAUAAAUAAUCGAAGUUUUAAGAAAUUACUAAAUGAAUUAAUAACUUGAAUUAUCAUAAUAAAUGAUGUAUAAUUUAUUUCGUUCUUUAUAACAUUCUACAAAAUAUUAUUUUACAUUUUAUUAGAAUAUCUGCAUUACAAUUUCUUAGUAGUUUGUUAUACUUUCAGUUUUAUAUGUACAAAAAUUGUCAACAAUUAUAAUUGUAGCAAUAUAUUUUCACCUACUUUACAUCUUUACGGUACAAAUAUUUAUAAGUUAAUAUUUAUAAGUUAUAUUAGACAGUAUGUACAAUAAAAUUCAUCAUAAUAAAUGUUUGUUUUAUACAUAUAUAUUAA